AUGGCGGAGCGCAGACCACCGGAAGCGGCGGCGUCUAGACCCCCUCACUCCCCGGAGACGGACGGUACUCACCGGGACCCAGAGCUCCCUCCGGAAACGGAGGUGCAGCCCCUCACGGAACCCUCCGUGGACACCUUGUUGCCGGGGGCCUCCUCGUCCUCGUCUCCGGAUGAGGCAGUGGCGGUCGUUGUCGCGCAUCUUCGACGUUGCCGCAUCCACGUCUUCCCCUACUUGGACGACUGGCUGAUCCGAGGCACGUCGGAGCUACUGGUCCACGACCAUGUCGACAGGAUCAGCACCCUCUUUGCGACCCUGGGCCUCUAUCUGCCGGCCAGACAGUCGUUGGACACGGUCGUCACCGUCCCUCAGAGUGUGCUGGACUCUCUUCGAUGGUGGCUGGACCAAUCGCCCGUGAACUACGACCUCACCAAGAACUACCUGGACCUGGUGGUGACCCACACGUCUGUCAUCCUGUUGCUGUCACGUAUCGAGGACCGCAAAGCCCUGAUUGGGAUGUACAACUGUGCCCAUGAGAUGACCCAGGGCAGCGGCGACCCCUGCUACGCUCGGCUGGCCCAGAUGGUGCUGGAGUAUGACACCCCACUCAAGGAACUCACAGAGGAGUUCAGGCCUCACACCAAGGCCGUGACCAGUGCACUUCUGUCUCUCCAUUUCCUCUUUGUCCGGAGGAACCAGUCAGCCGAGCAGUGGCGCAGCGACCAGCUCCUGAGCCUGAUCAGCAACUCGGCCACCAUGCUGAGCCCGGCCAGCUCGGAUGUCACGGCCUGCGAGUACCUGUCGCUGGAGGUGAUUGAGCGCUGGAUACUGAGUAAGGGCCCCUCGCUCCUGCCGCCCCAGCCCCUGAGCUUGAACCCGCAGUGCCUGGAGCUCUGGAAGCUGGGCCUGCAGGGCUCGCUCUACAUCAGCCUCAUCCGCGACAACGCCCUGCAGAUCUACAAGGUCACCGAGGAGUUCUUCGGCCGUCUGAAAGGGUAUGGGAAGCGGGUGGCCGAUGUCAAGGAGUGCAAGGAGCACGCUGUGGCGCACAGCCGCAUCCACGAUGGAGCUCUCUGCGUCUUCGUGGCGCUCUCCUUGUGCCGCGACGAGGUGAACUGGCUGGUGCGUCACGCUGAGCAUGUCACCAAGACCCCUGAGGACUACGCUGGCAGUCACAUCGCCGAGCUGCUGUUCCUCAUGGAGCAGCUGUGUACCCUGGUGCACAGGCAUGGCCCAGUGAUCCAGCGCCACCACGUCCAGUACCUGGCUCGCUUCGACGCCCUGCUGCUCAGUGAUAUCAUCCAGAAUCUAACCGUCUGCCCUGAGGAGGAGUCCAUCAUCAUGUCAUCCUUUGUCAGCACCCUGUCGUCUCUCAACUUGAAACAAGUGGACAAAAAGGAGAAGUUCGACUUCUCAGGGCUUCGCCUGGACUGGUUCCGGCUGCAGCACCACAUGAGUUUCUACGUCCGCCCCUUCGAGAAGCUGUUUGCUCUGACCAUGGAGGAGCCGGCCAUGCUGCGCUUCACCAUUGUCUUCCCGCUCGUCUGCAGCCACUUUGCCCACUGCACCCACCCCAUGUGUCCAGAGGAAUAUCCUCACCUGAAGAGCUGCAGCCUGGGUCUAUGCAACAGCUUCCUGGAAGAGAUCGCCAAGCAGGCUGCCAACUGCAUCAUGGACACAUGUGCCGAGCAGCGCAAACUCAGUGAGCAGCUGCUACCCAAACAUUGCGCCUCCACCAUCAGCAAGGCCCAGAACAAGAAGGCCCAGAAGCAGCCCCGCAACAAGGGGGAGCCGAAGCGGGACAAGCCAGGGGCUGAGAGCCAGAGGAAGGACCGGAUUCUGGUGAGCAAUGUGGACAAGCUGCAGCAGGUGCUGAGCGAGCUCUCCCUGAGGAUCAACCACGUCCCCAGCUUCACCGUGUUCGAACACACGGUCACACCGGCCGAAUAUCUCAGCAGCCAUGUGGAAACGCAUCUCAAUAGAUCCUUUGUGUGGAUGGCCAGCUACAACCAGGCUACGCAGGAGAUUGCGUGGCCCUCUGAGGUGCUGGCUGGCCUGCACUCCUACCUCGUCUUCAUUCAGUCGCUGAGGCACUUCACAUGCGUGGACUCCAGCUGCAUCAUCCGCAAUGUCCUGCUUCAGCAGACACAACCCCUGGACUCAAGCAGGGAGCAGACCCUCACCACCAUCUACACCAACUGGUACCUGGAGGCGCUGCUGCGCCAGGCCAGCACUGGGGCCAUUGUGCUGUCCAGGGCCGCUGCUGACAAUGUGCUGAAAAGAAUGACCAUCAUCGGGGGGAUCCUGAGCUUCCGCUCCAUGGCACAGAGUGGGCUUCGUGAGGUCUUCUCCAACCGCUGCCCGUUCCUGAUGGGCCCCAUCGAGUGCCUGAAGGACUUUGUCACCCCAGACACGGAAAUAAAGGUCACCUUGAGCAUCUUUGAGCUGGCCACGGCUGCCGGGAUCCCAUGCGACAUUGACUCAGCCCUGGUGACUGCACUUUCCAACCUGAAGACCGCACACAUCAGCGAUGGGUUUUUCCGGCUGUUUACUGCCUUUGGCUGA